GGAAGUGAAAGAGCUGCAGCGACUCGCAGGGUCCCAGAACCUGGUGGUACCCGGCGGAACCCGGUGAAACAUGGUUCUGUGCUUCAUGAUCCACACCGUGUGCCCGCUCGGAGCGCUCUCCCCCGGGGACGGCCGGGUCCUGUACUGCCGGAUGUUCGGCCCGGAUGAGGGCGUCCUGACCGGGGAGACCCGGGAGCUGAGUCCGGAGGAGAAGAGGCUGCUGCGGAGGGAGAAGAGCGCCGUGGUGGCCAGACUGGUGCAGAGCGCCGCCCUGCUGGCCCGCCAGGCCUCGGGCCGGCCCCCAGCGGACUCGGCCCCCGGUCCCGGGGAGGAGAGCCUGGCCCUGCAGGAGGCCGAGGGCGGCGUGGUGCGGCUGAGAGCCGGGGAACCGUUCUCCCGGGAGCUGAGCGCCCUGUGGCUCUCCGUCCACAGUCUGGGCUUCACGCUGCUCUGCGAGCCCCACGAGAACCCGCUGCUGGCCCAGGGGACCCUGAGGACCCUGACCCGGCUCUGCCUGGACCACCUGCACCUGCUGGGCCCGGGCAGUGAGGUUCUGCUGAGGAGCAACCGGAUCGACGCCCUGCUGAGCCGCCUGCUUCCUCACGGCCAGCUGCUCUUCCUCAACCACCGCUUCGCCCAGAGCCUGGAGAAGGAGGCGGCGGCCUACAUGAGCAAAUGAGGGUGGAGGAAGGGUGGAGGAGCAGCGGUAAUUUGUCUCCAGCCUCUUGCUGCCUGAGAAGCUUCUCUUGAAAAGAAACAUUGUCAACUGAGUGGAGCGCUCAGCCCAGCCCCGCCCACCGAGCCCCGGUCUGAUAUCCACCUGAUAUCCAUCCAGAUGAGCUGCCUCCACCCAGCCUCCACCCAGUGACCUCCACCCAGUGACCUCCACCCAACCCCCACCCAGUGACCUCCACCCAACCCCCACCCAGUGACCUCCACCCAGCCUCCACCCAGUGACCUCCACCCAGUGACCUCCACCCAGUGACCUCCACCCUCGGUCGGGACUGUGAGCUGGUUGUCUCCUGACUGAUUCCACAUCUGUUAAAACCACAGAAGAAGAGACAGUGGAUUAAUGUUACUAUAAAAAAGAAACGUUUGGAUUCAUUCAUUCAUUCAUUCAUGAAAGAUCAUUUAUGAAUGAAUGAAUGAAUAACACUGAUCACAGACUCAUCACUUUCAGCUUCUCUCCUCCUCCUCUUCCUCCUCUUCCUCCUCUUCCUCCUCGUCCUCCUCUUCCUCCUCCUCCUCUUCCUCCUCCUCUUCCUCCUCCUCCUCCUCCUCCUCCUCUUCCUCCUCCUCCUCCUCCUCCUCCUCUUCCUCCUCUUCCUCCUCCUCUUCCUCCUCCUCUCAGGACUAAACUACAGACUGAGGAGCAGAAAACACAAACGGAGGACUUUCAGAGGUUUUUCUCGUUCGACCUGCGGCCCUCAGUUCUCCUGCUCCCCCAGCAGAGGGCGCCUCCACCCUCCACCCCGGAUGGAGCAGCUUCAGGCUCCAUCAGCGAGGAAAUGUUGACGACAGACGGUCAACGAAACUCCGCCGGACUUCAGUGAAGACGUGAGAGAAGAGAAGAGGUUCUGUGAACUCAGAUUUAUAUAAUAAAAGCCAGAGAUGAAUGAAUGAAUGAAUGAAUGAAUUAUUUAUUUUUAUUUCAACAAAUAAAUCAGCUGAAAUUUAGAAAGAAGAACAGAACCAAAAGGAAAAAGAACCGCGUCAAGUCAAGCUCAUGUGAUCCUUUCUCAUCUUUCUGAUCAAGAACUGAACAGUUUCUUGAACGUUGGAACACUUUUCUUGGUUUGGGCUUUUUCUA